AAAAAAUCUGAUAUCAAAGACCGGAUUCACGACCACAAAUAAACCGGCUGCACAGAACGUCCAGCGUCGUGGGGAAGAAUAGGAAAAGGAUUCCUACCAACUACUGAAGGGCCAGCAAGCUGUACUGACAUCUGUGUUCCUCAAGUCUAAUCCUCCUUGCCUAAUCUCUAAUUCGUAAAUUCCCGCCUUUGAACUCAACAGCCCUUUCUUUGUCUAUUCAUUCUGAUGAGCUUUCAAUAUGGCCGCCCUCCUCCCUUCAUCAUCCAUCUCACCGGUGCUUCGCCAAAAAUCCUCAAUGCUCUCGUUAUGUCUUAGAUCAAACUCGUCAUGCCUCUCUAACAAGCGGUCACUUUCGUCGCUAUCACAAUCCCUGUCGCGGACGCGAACAUUCAGAUCUCAACCACCAAAGCGGUCGUUUUCAUCCCUCGCCACACAAACCCGUCAUAUCACAACCCGAAUCCCUCGACCGUUCUCGCAAUCCAAGUCCACAAAAGCCACCAAAUCCGCCACCUCCACCCAGCCUGCUCCGGUACAUCCUCCUCUCCCGCUCACGAACCUCCCCUACUUCAUCCGCCGUACCCCUUCAAACCAAUUACCCGUCUACCUCGUGACCAAAGCUGGAGGCACCAAGCAGGAGACCAAGAUCCAGAAAACCGAGGGAGAUGUUGAUGCGCUAUGUUCAGAUCUGGCGAAAACUCUAGGGAUAGAACCGAAUUCUAAGGACAUUUAUAUCAAUCGAUUAAACGGGCAUGUCGUUGUUAAGGGCUGGCGGAAACCGGAAAUACAACAAUUCCUAUUGGACCGAAAAUUCUAGUGGGGAAAAAGAGGGAAAAACAAAAAUGAGAGACCAAACAAGCCCGGAUUCCUUUGUCCAGUCGACACAGUUCUCACUUCCUCAUUCGCAUGUCCUGUUCUAUUUAAUAUUGCAUUCCAUCUUAACCCAUCCCUUCCGCAGCGCAGGUGUUUAAGCGCAAUAAAUCCUCAACCCGAAAAAAAGGGGAGAAGGGGCGGAAAAAAACAUAUUCCCACCAAUUGUUUAAAAACGUUUUCCUUUUUUUUCCUCUCUCAGUUUCGGUUCCCGGUUAAAACAUUGGUUUUUCCUUCACUUUUUUCUUAGUCCUCUAGUCCUCUGCUGUGGCCGUCUUUCUUUGCAUAUUAUUUAUUAUUCAUGGAUGAACACCACAAAGCCACAGCCACAGCCACAGCCACACCCACCCUCUUCUCUCUCAUCGUGUACAGUAUUGCUACAAUUUACGAAAUGGAUCAGAGAAGUCUAUAGGUAUUAGGUAUGUAUAUAACCUUACCUAAUAAUAUUAUGAUAGAUUUGAAAAAAAAAAAAAAAAAAAAAAAAAAAAAAAAAAAGGAUUAAUGCAAAGCUGAUGGAGGAGUUCUUGGAGUAGUUGGUUGUUAUUAUGAGAAGC